AUGUCGCCAAAAAAAUAUUACAUAAUUGAAUUCCCCCCUGAUAAAUACAAUUCAGCGCCUGUGGAGCUUGUUCCAAGUCACUGGGUUAUCCCCGCAGAGAAAGUUUGUCUCUGGCCACCAAACUCUGGGCCAAGUAUUAGAAAUUUGAUAAAAAAGGGCACUGCUAUUCCUGAUGUCAAGUGGGGAAGAGUUAGCUACGAUGAUUAUGAAGUUGCGACAAAAAAACUUCAAGUAGCCGAGGACACUUCCAACUUGGAAAGUGAAACAGAAUCAGAAAGCAGAUUAAGGAGCAAGAAGAUAAUUCCCGAUAUUCAGCCCAGUAGCACACGAGGGGAUGUAACGUCUUCAUCCGAUGAGGAGGAUAGCGACGCGAACAAAAACAGUCCUCCGUCUGGCUCACUUCAGGAUAAUUUGGAGCUGGACCAACCAUUGAGCAUUCCUGAAAUAAUUCCCGAAACUGAAGAGCAAAGCAAUCUACAAGUAGGAAAUCAAGUUGAAACUGGAGACACCUCUUUUGUUGUUGUAAAUUCGCAGAAGUUAAAUGAUUUACGGCUGUUGAUUUCAAGGACAACGCAAAGUGUGCUAACUUUGUUGGAAAAGCAGGCUGAAGACAUUAAAGACAUUAAGGCUUUACUGAUUAAUGUGAAACAAAGGCCGGAUGGUAGGAAGGCUCCCAAUUUCAGUGCCAUUCCAAAAUUACCCCUCGACAACGAGGUAGCACUGGCGGAGUUUGAAUCUUGGCUCGAGGUGGAUUCAAAUCGCGAAUUACUGGUUGAAUAUUUGGCAUUUUCAACUGCGACACAGAUCGAGGCGAGCACUAGAAAAAUCUUGAAAAAAUUAUUUACGAAUGAAUUUGGCAGGCGAAUUAAUUUUACGGGUAAAGGAAACAAGACAUCGAUGAAAAACCUAAAACUAUUGGAAGUCGUAAAAGAAACCGUGCGAAACGUCUUUACAGUUGAGUCCGUUCCCGAUCCCAAAAAUCCCAGCGGCCGUACUCCCACCGAUGAUAUAAUUCAAACUGCAGCAAUGAAUUGGUUUCGUUCUUCAAAAAGUAGUUGCAACGACGACGCUCCCUCGGGAAUUGCAUCAUAA